AUGGAGAGUGAAGAACGACUUCACAAUUCUACAGUCCCCUGCGAACGUAUUUUUAUUCAGCGAGAUUAUUCCUCUGGUACAGCAGUACGUUUUCAAACUCUGCCUAUGCCACUUCAACUUCGAGGUCGUAUUCCUCCCAAUCGGUAUGCUGAUGCAAUUGCUCGUUUAAACAAAUUAUUCGAUGAAGCUGAAACGAUAACAUCUGCUGUCUGCUUAGAAAAUCUGUUCGGGUGUUUAACGGCAUACUUGAUAUUUUUAUGCAUGAAAACGCAUUAUGAUAAAGUGUUGCACAAAGUCACAUUAGCUGUUGCUGAUUUAAAUGAGAAACUGUUUCUACCGAAUGGACUGCUUAUGAUUGAUCCAUCUGAACGUGGACUUAGAGUUAUAGAAUUAUGCAUAUUCCAUUCGCAAUGA